GAAAAUGUCUUUCAACAAUCAAACAUAAACCAUAGCCAUCAUCUUCAUCACCUCCCCCAAAUGACAAGGCAGCAGCUCUCUCUUGACCGUCGAAUCCAAUCCCUCUUCCCGGUUGCGUUGGCUUCUCUGCUUGUCCUUGGGACUGCACGACUAGUCCUCGACGCCUUGAAGAGCAAUGACAGCUUUGUCUUUCAGCUAUAUGGCAGGCCAAGAGGUCAACAACAGAGACCGGCAGUUGUUGUUUCCCCUGAGGACCGGAUUGAUGAAAGUUGCAAUGUGUUUGAAGGGAAAUGGGUGUGGGACAAUGUGUCCCAUCCUCACUAUACAGAAGAGAGCUGUCCUUACUUGGUAAAGCAAGUUACUUGCCAAAGAAAUGGUAGGCCCGAUUCUUACUAUAAGAAUUGGAGGUGGCAACCUAAUGACUGCAACCUCCCAAGGUUUGAUCCAUUGAAGCUAAUGCAGAUUUUGAGGGGUAAAAGGCUGAUGUUUGUUGGAGACUCUGUACAGAGAGGGCAGUUUGAAUCCCUAGUCUGUAUGGUUCAAUCUAUAAUUCCUCAAGGAAAGAAAUCUCUCCAAAGGGUCCCUCCCAGAAAGAUCUUCAAAGUUGAGGAGUUUGAUGCAUCCAUUGAAUACUACUGGGCUCCAUUUAUUGUGGAGUCGAUUUCGGACCAUGCGACAAAACAUACAGUACUGAAACGGCUGGUGAAGUUAGACUCCAUAGCUAAGCAUGGAAAACACUGGGAAGGAGUAGAUAUCUUGGUGUUCGAGAGCUAUGUAUGGUGGAUGCACAAGCCUACCAUCAAUGCUACAUAUGGAUCUCCUGAUGUCCAAGAAUAUAAUGUCACUACAGCAUACAGACUGGCCUUACAAACUUGGGCAGAAUGGUUGGAAUCCAGCAUCAACCCUGAGAGACAAAAGGUCUUCUUCAUGAGUAUGUCUCCAACACAUUUAUGGUGA